GUUCCAGCGAAACCGACUCGAAUCUAUCCACUCUUGUUUUAUCUGGGCAUGCGAGAUCCGAGCUCCGGCUGUCUCGAGAAAAUUGUGCAAAACACAUACAUACCCAAGCUGUCGAUGUACAAUAAUAAUGUCGAUAUAAAUACCGCGUCGCUGCGCGUCGUGCAUGUCACUUCCAACCCCCCUUCGGCCGGCGAGCAAAUCCGCCGCUCUCUCGUGUACGGCGGGCGGAAAAAUCAAUAGCUGCGCGCCACGAUGCUCGACGUGUUCGCCGCGCUCCUGUGUUCCCCCCCGUGCAGUCGUCUCUCGUAUUUUCCUCGCGUCGCGAGCGAGGAACGCGAAACGCUGCGUCGGAUUUUCCUCCCUUACAUGUGCCCGCCAGCGCACCACCUCGCCCGCGUGGAGUCGCUCAUGAAUCUUGAACGUUAUGCGGCGGGGCGGCGUUCGUCGAGGGUGCGGACUGAAGUAGCGUCUAUUGUUACCACGCAGUAAAAUAGAACAAUCCUGAAGAUGAUGGACGGGUCUGGAUUAGGAUAUUCGUAUCACCUCCCGUCUGCUGGUUGGAAUCUCAAGGUUAGAAAUGCGCUGUCGCAGUUCAGCGAUCUGUUCAGCGAAUUUAAUAAAUACAUCGCGCCGGCUUACCAUCAUGAUCGCUGCGAGAGAUCUGUACAAAUGCGCCUGUACUCGAUGCACAAGAGGGAAUUCGUCAUGGUGUUCGUCGCAUUCUUCGCGUGCUUCGGACUGGCGGUAUUUAUCGGCCUCGCCGGGCCGCCUAUAACAUCAACCAGCGAACAGAAAGCGCAUCUUAAUGGUAGCGAGAUGGCCACCGGUCCGUUUAUUAUGAAAACACCUCUGUUGUCCACAUACAGCCAACAGUUGUGGGUGAUUGCCAAGUUAUCGACAUCGAACAACGAUGAUGAAAGAUACGACAAGGGGUUUCAAGUCAGCGUCUCUAUAGACGGCAUCACUCCCGACCGCAAGCUCGUACCUGUGCUACCGCCGGAAGCCGGCCAUAAUCGAACGAGACAUCUGAAGUGCGAGAGGCAAUCCUGCGAGGAGCUGGUGGUCGCCCACCUCGGCUUCCUCGACUACAGUUACUACAUCAUCACCGUCCGCUUCCACGGACUCGAGAGCUUCCAUCAGCGUUACACGAUACGGCAACUCACAUUCUACUUCAAGAACUACAAUCCGGCGUUCACGCAGAUCGAGAUCUGGUUCCGGCUGAUCUUCCUGCUCACCACGUUCGGAGUGAUGUGCUGGUUCGGUCACUCGCUCAGGAAGUAUCCGCUGCACGAUUGGUCGAUCGAGCAAAAGUGGAUCUCCAUACUUCUUCCAUUGCUGAUCCUCUACAACAAUCCGCUGUUCCCUAUGACUUUCUUGGUGAACUCCUGGGUGCCCGGAAUGCUGGACGCGAUUCUGCAGACCACCUUCUUGUGCGCCAUCCUCAUGUUCUGGCUCUGCGUCUAUCACGGCCUUAGACAGAAUGAGAGACGACUCAUCACGUUUUACCUGCCUAAGCUCUUGGUUGUGGGCAUGCUGUGGGGCGCGGCGUUGACGCUCGCCACGUGGCUUCGUUGCACCGAACUGGAGGAUCCCACUUACAAUUACGUUCUCGAUACGUCUAAUUACUACGGCUUCAAGGUAUUCUUCUUCACGAUGGGCGGCUUCUACAUCGCUUACUUACUGCUUCUCAUAUUAAGGGCGUACAGCGAACUACGGUCUAUGCCAUACUUCGAUCUUCGUUUGCGGUUCCUGACGUUGCUCGCCGCGGUGGUCGCCGGCGUCUGCAGUUUAGUCACCGCUCGGCAAUUCGGAGCCGGUGUAUUGGAGGACAGCUUCGCCUCUCGCCUCUCCACUUAUUACCGCACAUCCGCACAGUUCAUGGCCCUUUACGGUCUUCUCAAUUUCUACCUGUACACCAUGGCGUACGUUUACGCGCCGGCGCUCCAGCAGGUCUACGGGCAACACUCGUCCAUAACGAAGGAUAAUCCCGCAUUCUCGAUGUUCAACGACUCGGAGGAGGAAGUGAUAUACGGAUCGGACGAGGACAGUCGGCGACCGUUGACCUGCGCCCCGCGAAACACGGAGGACAGUGACUAAGGGCCUUAAAUUAAAAGAAGAGAGGGAAGAAGCGAGGAAGAAGGGGAGCAUUUUUAAUACGCUAGUCAGAGAAUAGAUUCGUUAGAUUCGCGGAGACGAGUGAAGAAGAAGGCAAGCGACGCGACGAGACGCGCGACGGCUUCCGGGUCGCGUUUCUAGUUAUUCGCAGUCGUAUUGCCGAUCAUCGAGGUCGUCGUGAAACGAGGAAGAACGCGACGUCGCAUAGGUAGCAAUUUUGUUGAGGAAUCAAACGGUCGAACGGGCACACCGGCAACCGGAGCCACGUUUUUAAAUAGGACUCGCGGAUAUGCGUGCAUGUACAUAAAAUAUAAAUACAUAAACACACAUACACAUAUUCACAAAGUAACACUGCGAUGCCGAACUUCUCGAUUUGGAACAAUUUUUGUGGGUAUGAUAUCCGAUUUCAAAGCCGAAGCGCUUCCACUCUUCGGUGUGUAACUUUUAAAUUAUAAGAGACACAGAAAAAUGUUUACAACGAAAUGUUAAUAGUAAGUUAAGGGCUACAGAGUGGCGUAGAGAUAUUUUUGAAAAUUUGUCCUAACAAUUUUGACGAAGGAAAAGGCUUUUAUUUACAUUUUUCUUCACGUCACAUUGUAGCCCCUUAACUUACCAUUAAACUUUCAUUCAAAAUAUUUGUCUCCAUCUCCUGUAGUUUAAGAGUUAUACGCGAAGAAGUAGAAACACCCUUUCGGCUUUGAAAUCGAAAAUCAUACUUUUGAAGGGCGAACAGGCAUACCAUUAUUCAUGUAUCCAAUUGUGCCACUUUUCGAUCCAAAUCGAAGAGUUCGCGGUGUUCCCUUGUCAGACACAAAAUACACACAUACCGACAAUGUGAAAAAAUGUUUCGUGUAUCGCAUCGUAAGUAGAAAUAACGUAAUAACCAACGAUGGAGAUUCUUAUGUGAGAUUUAAACGUUUAUAUACAAAAUAGUCAUGUACUUGGAAACGAAAGAGAAAGACAGAGGAAAAGGUAGGCAAGAUACACAUGGAUCUGCCAGUUUUAGCUGCGCUUCUCGUUCAGAACGAGACUAAUGUCCCUUCUUGAGACAAAAUUUCCCAUAUGCAAUUAUAUGUAAUUAAAUGAGAAAUUUUAUCCUGUGGCUAAAACGGACGGAGCCAGCUGGAAAUGACGUUUUACUUUGGGCUCGGUAUUGUGCAGGCACUUGCGAGAGAUGUUCGUUUCUCCUCGAUGCGUUUCUCCUCAGUGGUCUGCGUAAAGGAGGAGAAUCGAUACGAGCCAACGGCGAAUUCGCGCGAGAAAUUGCAGAAUCGAAGCUGUGAAACGUCACUUUCCCUGCGAUCACACACACACACACACACACACACACAAACACAUAUGAGUCGUCGAUUCCUCCCGGUAUCUCGAUCGUCAACGUGAAUUCCAAGUGUGCACUCACCGCGAUCAGAUCCGCACCGACGACACGUCGACAACGUGCGCCGACAGGAACAAGUGAAACGGCGAAACGAGAGCCAACAAAUGUUGCAUUACGUUACACGUAAGAUAUUACAAUAGUUUUUAUACGAAAUGUAUUUAACUGUUUGGUAUGGCGAGUUUAAUAAAAAUAAGAGACACUCACAUAGAAGAGCAUACGUCAGCAAGCGUAGCAUCACCGAGCGGAAGUAUUAACGAGGAACUACCUGGGAAAAAGUGAUUAUAUAUAAUUUUAUACGAUUAUGCGUAAUCUUCUUUUCCCCGGGAAGAGAAAGAGAUGAAAAGUGCGCGCGAGUGCGAACACCGGUAUGAAAUUCGCAUGUUUUAUACCCGAGAUCGCGGUUGCGUUUCGAAAGGAAAAAAAAAAUAUGGAAGUCGAGAUGUAGAUAUGUUUUGAGAAAUAUAGCGCUGCCAUCCAGUUAUCGAGACAAAAAGUGAAAUAGUGAUUGCUUCUUGGUGGAAAGUGGGUUUCAGAGGGUGAAAAGUGAUCUUUCAGACAUAAAAAUUAUGACCGAAAGUGACACUUUUUGUCAAAUUCUGAAAGUAACCAAGAUCAUUUAAGCAAAAAAUAAUACUUACCUUAUAAUAUAUACAU